GGGGGGGAUCUGUAAUAAUCCUAGUGAUGUAUCUUAACAUAUACGAUAUUUUAUUAGAUAGGAGUUUGUAAAAAGUAUAUACUAUAGGUGUAUUUGGGCUUAUGAUGCCGACACAGCGGGACAGUUGCAUGUCCCAGCCCGGAGAGAAUCCCCAUCAAGUCCGGGUAAAAGCUUACUACAAGGGGGACAUCAUGAUUACCAGCUUCGAGCCAUCCAUCUUGUAUGAAGGUCUUUUCAAUGAGGUGCGAGAGAUGUGCUCGUUUGAGGAUGACCAGCUCUUCACUAUGAAGUGGAUUGACGAAGAAGGUGACCCUUGUACUGUCUCUUCUCAGUUGGAGUUGGAAGAAGCUCUCCGGCUUUAUGAACUGAACAAAGAUUCAGAACUGAUUAUCCAUGUACUUCCGUGUGUGCCUGAAAAACCUGGAAUGCCCUGUCCUGGAGAAGACAAAUCCAUCUACCGCAGGGGGGCCCGUCGUUGGAGGAAGCUGUACUAUGCAAAGGGACACACCUUCCAGGCAAAGAGGUUUAACAGGCGGGCACACUGUGCCAUUUGUACAGACCGGAUCUGGGGACUGGGGCGCCAGGGAUACAAGUGCAUUAACUGCAAGCUCCUGGUCCACAAGAAGUGUCACAAACUGGUCACCAUAGAAUGUGGAAGACAUGUUAUACAGGAUCCUUCGGAGCCUAUGGGUUCAUCUUCAACACAUGCUGAUGAUUUACUACCAGUUAUUUCUUACAAAUCUUCAAGUCAUGAUGAAAAUUUGGACCAUGUCGGGGAAGAAAAGGAGGCUAUGAGCAGUAGAGAAAGGGGCAGAGCUCCUUCCAGUUUAGGACUGGCGGACUUUGAUUUAAUCCGUGUCAUUGGCAGAGGCAGCUAUGCCAAAGUGCUGCUGGUCCGUUUAAAGAAAACAGAACGCAUCUACGCCAUGAAAGUGGUGAAGAAGGAGCUUGUGAAUGACGACGAGGAUAUUGAUUGGGUGCAGACAGAGAAACACGUUUUCGAGCAAGCAUCAAACCACCCAUUCCUUGUGGGAUUGCAUUCCUGUUUCCAGACAGAGAGCAGAUUGUUUUUUGUCAUUGAAUAUGUCAAUGGUGGAGAUUUGAUGUUUCACAUGCAGCGGCAGAGAAAACUUCCAGAAGAGCACGCCAGGUUUUACUCUGCGGAAAUCAGCUUGGCAUUAAACUACCUUCAUGAACAUGGGAUCAUAUACAGAGAUCUGAAACUGGACAACGUCUUGCUUGAGUCAGAGGGACACAUUAAACUCACUGAUUACGGGAUGUGUAAGGAAGGCUUGCGUCCUGGGGACACCACCAGCACAUUCUGUGGUACUCCCAACUACAUCGCCCCGGAAAUCCUGCGAGGAGAAGAUUAUGGUUUCAGUGUAGAUUGGUGGGCGCUGGGAGUUUUGAUGUUUGAAAUGAUGGCAGGAAGGUCCCCCUUUGACAUAGUGGGAAGCUCUGACAACCCUGAUCAGAAUACAGAGGAUUAUCUAUUCCAAGUUAUUUUGGAAAAGCAAAUCCGUAUCCCACGUUCCCUGUCUGUCAAAGCUGCUAGUGUUCUAAAGGGUUUCCUUAACAAGGAACCCAAAGAACGUCUAGGUUGCCACCCUCAGACAGGUUUCGCUGACAUCACAGGACAUCCGUUCUUCAGAAAUGUUGACUGGGACCUUAUGGAGCAGAAACAAGUGGUUCCUCCCUUUAAACCCAACAUCUCUGGAGAGUUUGGACUGGAUAACUUCGAUGCUCAGUUUACCAAUGAACCUAUACAGCUCACUCCGGAUGAUAACGAUGUUGUCAAGAAGAUUGAUCAGUCCGAAUUCGAAGGCUUUGAAUACAUCAACCCUCUUUUGAUGUCUGCUGAAGAAUGCGUCUAAAUAGAUUAAAAAUGUUUCAUUUGACUCUCCUGCUAUUGCCUUUUAAAUGUCUGCAUGGUUAGAAAUCAUGUUAUCUGAAAGAUAUCCUUUUAACAUACUUAAGUUUGUCAUCAACUGCUAAUCAUGCUGAUCUCAUGCCAGUUAGAACCCGUAAUCCUGUGUAGCCUGUAACCAACUGUUACUGCAGAUUUCAUACUUUGAUGCAUACUUAAAUUAAUAUUUAGAUGGAAACCUAUAUACUUUGAUCUUCAAUACAAGUUUGACUGUAUUUACUGUCAUAAACCUAAGAUCUGUAAUGUAGAACUGGUAUAGUUUUUAUAUUACUGUAUGUAUUCAGGGUAGUAUUAGAAGGUUUCUCACGAAAAACUAAAAACCAAAUCAUGUAGAAAUAGCUUGAAUUUCAUUUUUAUGUACACCAGUCCAUAGGUUGUAAUUGGCAGCAAAACUUUUGAAAACUAAACCAUUUCUACUCUUAAAGGACAAAUAUACAAAACGAAACAUGAGCCCCUUGUGUGGUAAUGGCUGGGAAAAAAAGAGGAUACGGACUAUGAAAGAUUAAAGACUACUGGUUGUAGAGCUAACAAUGAGCAGUUAUCUUCAGAGUUCAGUUUUAGAAAAUUGUUGCAAAGGGACCUCUCCUUUAAAGUCACAGGCCAGUGGAUUUUUUUUUUUUUAUAUAUAUAUAUAUAUAUUUGUUAAACUGUGAAUGAUACCACUGAUCUUUGUUUUUAGAGCCCCCCCAAAAAAUAUUCAACUUCCACAGACUUUCUGAGUUGAACAGGACUAAAAACAUUUUCAGUUGUGAAAAAAAACAAAACAUAGAUUUGUAUAAACACUGGCAGCUGUACAAGCCUGCACUUCAUAGAGUAUUUCACUGCUAGUACUCAAAGUAGACGUUUUUACAGUCUAAAGGAACACUUUUUCGUAGUCAUAGUUUGUUUUUGUUUUUUGUUUGUUUUUUUUAAUGCUUUCCAAAGCCUUUUGGAAUCUUUUUUGACAGCAUUUGAAAGAAAGAUUGGCAGUUUUAAAACCUGUAUACAGUAAGAGUAUUUUGAAAGAUAGUUCAUUGUAUAGUGCAAGGCACCUGUGUUUGAGCUGCUGAAAAUACUUUUUAAAUCAAACGUUUCACCCAGAUUCUCUCCAGAACCCUACUUGCUUUAUUCUUUUCAUUCAAAUUCCAUCUCUUAUUUUAUCAACCUCAGUAUUUAAUGGAAAAGGGUGAUAACUAAAUGCCUUAGCACUGAGAGCCUAUAAGAAAGGGUAUCACACUUGUAUAAUAUUUAUCUGUCGAAGUCUAGUGUAAUAGAUCACCUUAGUGUUUGUGCAUUUUUAGGAAUUUAUAAUGUAUUGUCAUACUAAAAAGUCUGCAAAUCGAAAUGUCCUUAACAGUUAUCCCAUUUGCAUUUUUUUUAUAUACCAGUACCAGCCCAGUUCAGGGGUAGUAACACAAGGAAAAUUAACUUGCAGACACUGUAAUGCAAUGCAUGCAUUAAAACCUAGAAGUAUUGUCUUUUGUGCAUAUCUGGCUUUUUGGGUAUUCCCCAGCUGCUCUUGAUUUCUUGGUAUUUAAACAAGGAGGGUAUCAAAAGGAAGGUGUGACUGUUAGAAACCAACUGGCUUGGCUGUAAAGAAUCUGAGAGGAGCUGUAUAUUUACAACCCUCUAAUGAGCAUUGAUCUAAAUAUAAUUUAAAUGAUGGCAUAGCAUGCAACUUUAGUGUGAUUGAGGUGGAAACCUGUUUUAGCUUUUCUAUAGAUGAAGGGUAACUAAAGCUGUAGCUCCUUGGGCAUCAACAAAGGGAAAUCUACACAGACCAAAUACAAGUUGUGAGUUUGUCCAAUGCAUGUCAUCUGCAGUCCUGGAGUGAAAAAUGCAUGCGAAACCUGCAAACAAAUGUAUAUUGGAACAUUACUAAGGGGUUGAUUUGAUCAACGUGUACCCCGCUGGGAUAAGUCACAGUUCGAUGGAAGUUGCCCUUGAUUGUAUUAACCAUCUUUCCAUGGUGACUCUAAGAUAAGUGGUUCAUGCAAUGGUAGAUUCCCUGGUGCUGUAAAAUUCUUUGAAAAAAACAAAAACUGUGGCUUAUCCCACUUCAUCUCUGCUGGUGUGUUGUAUCAUAUUGCAAUAAAAAAUAAAACUAUAUGACAUGGAUGUAAAAUUACUGGGUCAUUGUAUAUGAAGCCAAGUAAAUUGGGUAGCCUUGUGUAGAGACUGGUAGUUGUUUCAGUGGAGACUCCUGUAGAUUCGCUCACUGCAUGCACUUGAGGGAGUGGUUGCAGAACCCUAAGGUAGAGGCCAUUUAAUAACCAAUGCCUUAAACACCUACUGACAGAUGUUGGCUAAUGUACUACUGUUUUUUGUUUUGUUUUGUUUUUUUAAUUAUCCCUGUUAACAGUGAAUAGGGCCUGUGAAAUACAAGAGAAGGUGUUUAGUUACAACAUGCAUAGGACAGGUCAUUGAGAUGGUUCUCUUAGUGAGCAAUUGUUACGGGCUAUAUUUUUCAUUAACGUCUCUUUAAAAACUGUUAAGUGGUGUUAAAAAAUGCUGAUCUUUUUUUCUUUUGACUGCCAUUAAUUUAGAUGUUAUUUUUAUGUUAUUUUACAAACAAAAAUCGUAUAGGGACACAAUGAACAAAAUAUAUCAAUUUUAAUGUGUUAUUUACUUAUGUUUUGGGUUUUUUUUUUGUACCUUUUACACUUUUUUUUUUUCCUAAAAUGCUUUUCAAACACUACUUAUUUUUUUACAUGCUGUUACAAAUGCCAUAACACUAUCUCGUUUAAUUUACUCAAUUUGCUUUCAUUGUAAUUUUGUUUUGUUCACGGGUAAAGUGUCUACAUUAUAAAGUACUGCAGUCAGGUACCCAGGUUAUCAGGAAACAGACCAGCAUGCAAAGCACAUCUCUUUUAUAUUGAAUCAUUAUAACAUGCAUGGAAAUCUCAAUGCUACUUUUAGAAUAUUUUUUUUAAAGAUUCAAGCGUUGGCACGUGUAGUAUGGUGGGGGUUGAGGCAUAGUUGACUGUGAAUAUAUUAAAUUGAUUGACAAAAAAGCACAAUAUACUCUGUAUUGCUUCAAAAAGAACUAUUGGUUUUAUAAAUCAAACUUGCAUCUUGUAAAAUGACAAGUCUGUUAUAUUUGCUUUGCGGCAGCUGAAUAUCUGUGGCAGCCUGACUAUUUCCACAAUGACUGUUCAGAUAAUAUAAAUAUGGUUAUGUUAUUAAUGAUAAAUUAAUACAGCAUUAAUAUGUGUUUGUUUAAAAAUAGACUGGAAAUGGUGCUGUACAAUAUCAUAAAUGCCAAAUACACUUUUUCUUUUAAAGAA